AUGUCCGCGGACAGGUCACCUCCCAACAAGCCGCAGCAGCAACAGUCACAGGAAGGAGAGCAGCGCAACGAUCACUACGGGAGAUCAAACAAGUCAGCUCAGCCCGCCACUACCACCACCACUACUCAACCUGCGAAUGAAUCGCAGCCUCAACUCAUGACUGCCAGCGCAUCACCCUCUGAGGCCCCCGCCUCAGAACAGCCGUCUAACUCUUCCGCCACUGCAGUUCCCUAUGGCACGCGCUCAAGGGGUCGCAAUGCGCCGCGUCCCAAUUAUGCAGAGGAUCGCGACUUCGACGUGGAUCUGGAAGUUGCUCAUCCCACAUCCGCGUCCAAGUCGUCCAAACGCAGUGGUGCGGUGGCGCCAACCAGUAACGCCAAUGGCUCCAGCUCCAGCAGCAAGCAACAGCAACAGCAACAGCAGCACGAAUUUGAAAAACCAUCUUCGCGAAAAAAUCCCGCAGCCUCAAAUGGGGGGCCUCAGUCAGCAGCAGCAGCCGCCGCUGCCUCCGCCAAGGACUCCAUCCCCGGCACUUCUUCCUUUUCCGCUAAAUUAGAAGAGAGCAACACCGCAACGUCAAAUCCCUCGCGGAAACGAAAGCAACCCGCCAACUCCCACGCGACCAAUGCUAACGCCCCCAAUGGUAACCCCGCCAAGAAGGUUUUUACCACCGCGCCUGGUUUCGUCCAGGGACAAACAGCAUCUAACAUGGUCCAUUUUGAGAAUCAUGGCGCUAGUCUCGUGGACGGUGUUUUGACCGCCGACGAUGGGACCACCUACGCAGUCAACGAUCAUGUUUACCUUAUUUGUGAACCACCUGGGGAGCCAUAUUAUUUGGCCAGAAUCAUGGAAUUCAUCCCCUCCAAAGAUACGCCUUCGGGGCCAAUCGAAGCGCUGCGAGUCAACUGGUAUUAUCGGCCGCGUGACAUUCAACGGAGAGUUGCAGACACUCGGUUAGUGUUUGCCUCUAUGCAUUCCGACACUUGCCCCCUGGGUUCAUUACGCGGAAAAUGCCAAAUUCGGCAUUUAUCGGAGAUCGAGAACUUUGACGAGUACCGCAAAUCCCGGGAUAGUUUCUGGUACGAUAAAAUGUUCGACCGCUACAUUCAUCGCUACUACGACGUCAUUCCUACCAGUAAAGUUAUCAACGUCCCCGCGAAUGUAAAGAAGGUUUUGGACGACCGGUGGAAGUUUGUUCUAGUGGAAAUUGGCAAGCGCAAGGAACUGACGGCCGCCGUCAAAACCUGCAAGCGCUGUAGUCUCUAUGCUGCAAAUACCGAUUCGGUGGAUUGCGCCGUUUGUCACAAUACAUACCACAUGUAUUGUGUACGGCCCGCAUUAACCAAGAAACCGGCCCGUGGCUUCGCAUGGGCCUGCGCCGCUUGUAGCCGUGCGCAGGAACGAAAAUUGGAGGCCCGCCACACUUCCAUGAUCGGUGAUGCUCCGCCCGAAGGAGAAGAAGAGAUUCCCGAGGAAGAGGAAGAGGACCCGAACGGUGCUGCCAAUGGCACCAAGGGCAGCACGCCAGCCACAGCCGAUGAUACGGCAAUCCAUCCGGCCACCGAGGAACAGACAGCACAGGCGCGGAUGUGGCCUUUUCGGUACUUGGGUAUUCAUUGUCGGGUGGAAGAUGUAUUGGACUACGAUGACCGGAUAUAUCCGCGUGCCAGUUCUCGUCUUGGUCCGCGACACCAGGCUAUGGUCAACCCGUGGCCGGGGCGUCCUGUGGAGUAUGUCAAGCCGACAGAGAUCAAGAAGAAAUACUUGCAAAAGUCAUCUAGCCGCAAGGAUUCUAAGCUCGGAAAGGAGACUCUCGCGGCCAUCGAAGCUGCCAGGCAGGAACUGGCGAAUCGACCAAAAUGGGUAACGGAUGAACCAACUGGCUAUGUUCGACGCGGGGAGGAUGAGCCAGUAACGGUCAAUGGAAAGUCGACCCGGACCUCUGAGCUGUUGUUCAAGAUGCCCACCGCCACCCAGAUUCCAUCGUCGUCGCGCGGAGAAGAUGAUGCCCCCGGUUCGGAUUUAACCCCGGAAGAGCGCGAAAAGUUUAUCGACGAUUAUAUGGCACGUGCCAAGGAGAUUGCUCCCACGAUGAGUCUUGAAAAGUGGUCCACCAAUUUCCUGGACAAAGCCCUGGAAUUGCUCUACGCCCAUGGUUUCAACGUGGAUGCCGCGCUGGCCAAACUCAAGAAGUCCAACAAAUAUAAGGACCUUAAGGAACCCCAUUUACGCCCCGAAGAGCUCAAGUUGUUUGAACAAGGUGUCAGCAAGUAUGGAUCGGAACUCCGCAACGUGACGAAGCAUGUUAAGACCGUCCCCCACUACCAGAUCGUGCGAUUCUAUUACGUCUGGAAGAAAAGUCCCCGCGGGAAACAGAUUUGGGGCAACUACGAAGGGAGAAAGGGCAAGAAAGAAGCCAAGCGGGAUCUGGCAGCCGCCAAACUGGCAGACGACGUGGCAGACGAUCAAGAUGAUUCAGCGUUCGAUGCGGAUAAAGCGGCCGACAAGAAACGCGGGUUUACAUGCAAAUUCUGCCACACGCGGAACACGCGACAAUGGCGCCGCGCACCAGCAGUGGCACCCGGCACGACCGUUCCUGCCGAAGCAUCGUCCUCCAAAAAGGACAAGAGCUCUCAAUUGAUGGUGGCCCUUUGUCUGCGAUGCGCCCAGCUGUGGAGAAAAUACGGCAUCCAAUGGGAGAAUGUGGAUGAAGUGGCCAGGAAAAUUUCCCAAAGCGGUAACAAGUCAUGGCGUCGACGAAUGGACGAGGAGUUGCUGGUCCAACUUCUUAUGACUUCCGAAACUCCGGUCACGAUCAACAGUGGGACUGCAGCCGCCGCGGCCGCGCUUGGCGUCAGUGUCAGUGAAUCCACACCGCAAGCCCAGGAGCCACCAUCGAAGAGGAAGGGUCACCAUGUCAACGACAAAGAGAGCGCGACCAGCUCAGCGGCCACGUCGGUGGAACCGGCACCCGCGAAAAGGAAGAAGACGGCCGCGACCGAGAAACCCGAGCCUCCGCCGAUUAUCCCCGAUCCUCCAAAGGCCCGAACGCUUCCGUGUGCCGUUUGCAACCGGAUCGAGCCUGCGGGUAACGACCACCUGUCAUGUCGCGACUGUCGCCUGACGGUACAUCGUAAUUGCUAUGGUGUCAGCCCCACGCGCAACGGCAUCAAAUGGCUGUGUGAUAUGUGCUCGAACGAUCGCAGUCCGAUGAUUUCGACGUGUUACGAAUGUGUUUUGUGCCCUGUGACUUGGACGGAACACGAGUUGAUGGAGUCGCCUAGGGUCUCUCAUAAAAAGAAGACUGAUCGGGAUCGGGAGAAGGAAAGGCUCGAGAAGGAGAUGGUCCAAGAGGCGGUCAAGCUCUACCGCCAACGACAAGAGGCUGUUGGUAAGCCUGUCGGUCCUCGAGAACCGUUGAAGCGAACAGUGGGCAACAACUGGGUACAUGUGGUGUGUGCGAUAUGGACCCCGGAGAUCAAGUUCGGGACCGCCAAGGAGCUCGAGCCGGCUGAAGGUUUCGGUUUCAUUCCCAGUGAUAGGUAUCGCGAAGUUUGCAAAGUCUGCAAGUCCAACAAGGGUGCGUGCGUGUCUUGUCAUCACAGUGGCUGUAACGCCCGGUUUCAUAUUGGCUGCGCGUUCCAAGCGCAAUACCGGUUUGGAUUCGACAUCGCGCCCGUGAAGAGUUCUCGACGUGAUUCUGUGAACAGCAUGCGACUGGGACAGGAGACCGGGUCUGCGAGUGCGGCCAUAUGGUGCCCCCACCACCAAGUGUCGGGUGCCGUUCACGAUGUCGGCGAGAUGACGGAGAAGGAGGGUGUCAAUGCGCUGCAGCGAUUUGUGCAAACUUACAAGCAGGCCGAUCUGACGCUUACGGGAGCUGUUCGAAAAGCGGCGCAUGUUCAACAGUCCAUCGGAGCUUCACAGCCGCUUGUGCUGGGUAGUGGACGACGAGCAUCGGUCGCCAACGGUUCGGUCAAGGAUGUCCACGAGGCGCCUGUGGACGAAAUGGAGAUCGAUUCCGAACCUCCAGCGCCAUCGUGCCCAAUUGUCGGGGACCUCGUGGAGCGACAUUGCGUUCGCUGCUCGACAGGUUACAGUCCCAGAUGGUGGUCUAUGGAUAGGUCGCGACGGAUGACACUGAUGAGCAACCGGCCACCUUUGUUGAACGGGAUUGGAAUGGGUGGACCGCCACCGUCCGGCAUCAGCCCGCCAUACCACCCAGGUCCAUACCCUCCGCCGUCCUAUGGGAUGACUAUUGAACGAGAUGAGCCGAUAUAUGAAUGUCACAAGUGCCAUCAAAAGAGCCUUACGGCACCAACCCCGGAACCACGGCCAUCUGGUUAUACUACGCCCACUCAACGACCGGUGUUGCCAACACCUCGACUUGUCGAGUACAGCCAUCCAUACGCGCCACCGCACGCGCAUCACCCGACACCUCUCCCUCCGACAGCGUCUGCACCGCCGCAAAUCCACGCCAGGCCCGACUGGUACCCGGGGUAUGAUCAUGGACCUGGCUACGGAGGACCACCUACGGCACCACCGGCACCGCAUCAUCUCAGCGGUUACCAAGCACCUCCGCCUCCGCCUCCUUCUCACCCUUCUCAUCCACCACCUCAUCCUACCGCUGGUCCUCCACCACAUUUCGCAAACGGAGUGCCUCCACCUCAACACUAUGCGACACACCAGAGUCCCUACGGUCCUGUGCCUGUCCCAUCACCGCGUCAAACCCACGUGCCAGUGGCUGGUCCACGUCCGUACGCCUCGUCCGCGUCGCCUCCAGAGGUGCAAGCUACGAUGGUGCGCCAUUCGCCGCAGCAUUCAAUCAGCGCGUUGAACGGACCGCCGCCGCGGAUGUACUCUACAGAUCGUGUUCUUAGUGCGCCAGUGCCAUCACCUUCGAUGACGCAGGUAUCACCAGCGGCUCCCCGAGUGGAGGAUACACCGGUAACGCUGCCACCAACGAGCCAGGGCCGACAUGGCAGUAUCAACGGGACUCCCGCACCGCCAUCAGGGGCGAGUGCGAGUCCAUCGUUGAAGAACUUGUUAUCUUGA